AUGCCGCCAAAGAAGAAGACAGCCGCUACUCCCUCGGCAAAGAGGCAAAAGAAAGCGAUCUCCAUCGCUGCUGAUUACGACUUUGACGAUGACGAUAUCAUGAGCAUCCCCGAAGACGACUCAGCCGCUGUUGCUGCCCUUCCGCCUCCUCCCAUCCCAUCCGAACCCAUCGCACCCAUCACGCAGUCCUACACCUACGCAUCGCCCGUCCCACCCGAAUGCAGCAAGAUCGACCCGUCCAACCCCAGCAUCAAGGUACCCUGCGUGCUCGGCGUAGACGAAGCCGGCCGCGGUCCCGUUCUCGGUCCGCUCGUGUACGGCAUCGCCUACUGCCCCGUCUCCUACGCUGACGAGCUCAAAUCCAUCGGCUUCGCAGACUCGAAAGCGCUCACCGCAGAACGUCGCGAUACGCUGCUCUCGGCACUCAUCCACCACGAAUCACACCUCGGGUGGGCGGUGCGCGUCAUGUCACCGCAGGACAUCUCGGCGGGCAUGCUGCGUCGUCGUCCCGUCAACUUGAACGCCCAGUCCAGCCAGGCGACGGUCUCGCUCAUCGCUGGGGUGCUGGACAGUGGAGUGGAUGUCACGGAGAUCUAUGUGGAUACGGUGGGAGAUCCCAAGAGUUACCAGAGGUUGUUGAGCUCGCAUUUCCCCAGACAUCCGCAUAUCAAGUGGACGGUGACGAGCAAGGCGGAUGCGAUUUAUCCCAUUGUGGGUGCGGCGAGUAUUGCGGCGAAAGUGACGAGGGACAGAUGCGUCGAAGGUUGGAUGUACGCUGAGCAGCAGCAACGAAAAUUAGACGUGAAUGACGAGCCAAAAGUGCUGGGCGAUGCUACCAACCAUACCCCUUCCUCACACCUCGACACUCCCAGCGAAAGUAAAAAACGCAAGUCAGACUCGCACACCGACGACGACACGUGGUCCAACAUGGGUCCCCUCGGUAGCGGAUACCCGGGCGACCCCAACACCGUCGCCUACCUCAAACGCACCCUCGAUCCCGUCUUUGGCUGGCCCGGACUGAAACAUCCGAGCCGGCUGUCCCGCAGACCGCUGCGACGAGCAUAUACGGAACCCUUUUACCGCAACCUAAUGUGCCCGGUGGAACGGCGACCCGAGGCUACAAGGUCAAAUGGAUCGACGAACCGGUCUCCAUCUCGAAGUUCUUCGGUCCCACCACCACCAUCAACGCCAAGAAACCCAACCCAGUUGCUGUCUCUACACAUGCUUCAGCAGAGGAUGAAAAUCUUGCAUUCCACAUCUCUCCCUUGCAAGCCGCUGUCAACACCUACUUGA